CGCUGGUGGGAAGGCACUGAGGAAUCCCAUUGGUGACGCCUGGUGUCGGCGACGCUUAGACGUCGAGAGUUUUUGCUCUCGCUAGGGUUUUUCAUGCGUAUAUCAUUUUAAUUCGGAGUGCCUUAAGUUCAUGUACCAUUCUUAAAAAUUACUCAAUGUGUUAUAUAUGAUGACUAAUGAUGUAUAGGUAAUUCGGUACCAAAACAAAGACGAGUGUGAAGGAUUAAAAGGGAUCAUGAAAAAAAACGUAAGGGUCCAAAAUGAAAAAUGCUCUAAAAUUGGGACCUUCAAAAGAAGUUUCAAUCCCUUGACUCUUGAUGCCAUGUCAUUAAUUAAGAUUUAAGAACCCUGCCACUCCUGCAUAAUUACAAAACGUAAUGCCAUGCCCUUAUGAGAAGACUUUUGCAUCAUUAUUGCAAGACUAUGCUCUUGGAUUCUUUUCUUCCUCUGCAGACGAAAUCCAAAGGUUUUUUACUAUUGUAAUAUCUGGCUUUAGGAUGUCUGAUCUUUCCGAAGUUUGUUGAGCGAUUAGAAGUCAACUCCAACCAAUAAGAUUUUUAAGAAAGAGGAAAAGACAACGACCAACUCCUUUUAUCUUUUGCAACAUUCUGAUCUUCAAGACUUUAACUAUUAUAAUUUAUAAACGCCUUUGUGAUAGAUGUAUGUGAAAAAGUUGCAGCUGAAUUGAUAAACAAUCUGUUUGUUCUCAAGCAAAUAUGCUUUCAGAUACCACUGAAGGAGAUUCCUCCUCUUCUUCACUCACUCCUCAAUGGAAGUUCGAUGUCUUUCUAAGUUUUAGAGGUGAAGAUACGCGCUAUAAUUUCACAGACCAUUUGUACAAUGCAUUGCUGCAGAGGGGAAUCAACACCUUUAUAGAUAAUGAUCUUGCUAGAGGAGAAGACAUAUCAGGAGAGCUUCUCAAAACAAUUGAGGAUUCAAGGAUUUCAGUCAUCGUAUUCUCUGAAAACUAUGCAUCGUCAAAGUGGUGUUUGGACGAACUUGUUAAGAUCCUUGAAUGUAAAGAAUCAAAGAAACAAUUGGUUUGGCCAAUCUUUUACAAGGUGGAUCCAUCUGAUGUGCGGAACCAAAGAGGUAGUUUUGGUGAGGCAAUUGUGCAGCAUGAACACAAGUUUAAGGAUGACAUUGAAAAAGUCAACAGAUGGAGGGUAGCUCUUUCAAAAGCAGCAGAUUUGUCAGGCAGCCAUUUCUUUGACGGUUAUGAAUCCAAAUUUAUCCAUGAGGUGGUUGAGGAGAUUUCGGUCAAGGUACUACGCCGCACAUAUUUGAAUGUGGCUAAGCAUCCAGUUGGGAUACAACGUCGUCAUCAAUGUGUGGAAGAGCUCUUAGGUGUUGGGGAAAAUGAUGUUCGAAUGGUAGGGAUAUGGGGCAUCGGUGGAAUUGGUAAGACAACACUUGCUAAAGCUAUUUAUAAUUCAAAUGCGGAUAAGUUUGAAGCUAGCUAUUUUAUGUAUAAUGUUAGAGAACAUUCAACGAUGGUUGGAGGCCUAGUCCAACUACAGCAGUCCUUUCUAUCUGAGAUUAUGGGAAAAAAGACGCUAGCAGUGGUUAAUGUUGACAGAGGAAUCAAUGUGAUAAAGGAAAGAGUGAGAAAUAAAAAAGUUCUCUUAAUUCUUGAUGAUGUCAAUCAAUUGGACCAGUUAAACAACUUAGCCGGAGGGUGUGAUUGGUUUGGUUCUGGCAGUAGAAUUAUCAUAACAACUAGAGAUAAGCAUUUGCUAGAUGUUCAUCAAGUUCAUUCAAUCUAUGAGGUUGAGGGGUUAGAUUUUGAUGAAGCUCUCGAGCUUUUAAGUUGGAAUGCCUUCAAAAGAAAUGUACCUUUAGAUGAUUAUAUGGAACUUGCAGAGCAUGCAGUAAACAAUGCCCAACGCCUUCCAUUGGCUUUGACAAUUUUAGGUUCUCAUCUUUGUGGUAGAAGCAUAGAGAAAUGGAAGGCUGCACUAGAGAGUUACAAAAGAGUUCCUAACAAAGACAUUCAAGGCAUUCUCAAAAUAAGUUAUGAUGGAUUGGAUUACUCUGAGAAGGAAGUGUUUCUUGAUAUUGCAUGUUUCUUGAAAGGGAGGAAUAUGGACUAUGUGAAGCAAAUACUAGAAUCGUGUGACCUCGACCCUGUCAUUGGUAUUGAAGUACUUAAAGAAAAGGCCCUCAUAACUAUUACUAAAUGGAGCCAUGGUAUUGAGAUCAUUUGGAUGCAUGACUUUUUAGAAGAAUUGGGAAAAGAGAUAGUACACCAAGAAUCACCCACUGAGCCAGGAAAACGUAGCAGAUUGUGGUUUCAUGAAGAUGUAUACCAUGUUCUGACAGAAAAUACUGGAACAGAUCAAGUUAAAGGCAUCAUGAUUCGGUUACCCCGACGAGAGGUGAUAUGUUUGAGUGAUAAAUGCUUCUCAAAUAUGAAAAACCUUAAAUUCUUUAUAAACUGUAAUGCAUCCCUCUCUGGAGAUGUUGAUCAUCUCCCCAAUGAGUUAAGGUUCCUUGAUUGGCCUGGAUGUCAUCUACAAUCUUUGCCUUUCAAUUCUAAUCGGAAGAAGCUUGAUGUACUGAAUAUGCCAUACAGUCUCAUCAGACAAUUGGGGGAGGGAUUCAAGAUAUGCAAUAUCUGAAGUCUAUUAACUUGAGAUUUUGUAAGUACCUCACAAGAGUCCCCGACUUUUCUGGAAUCCCAAGUUUAGAGAGGUUGAACCUAAAUCUUUGUAGACAAUUAGUUGAAGUUCAUCCUUCUGUUGGAGUCCUAGCUAAGCUUGUUAGCUUGAGUCUUGUGAAGUGCUCCAACCUUGAGAACUUUCCAAGAAGACUCAAGUUAAGAUCUCUAGAAAGUAUUGUUCUUCAAGGUUGCAGAAAGCUUGAGAGUUUCUCAGAAAUUGUGGGGAAGAUGGACAACUUGAGAUAUAUGAAUCUACAGGGAACUUCAAUAAAAGAAUUGCCUCCCUCGAUUGGAUAUCUCAGUGGGCUUGAAAUAUUAAUUCUCGAUACUUGUGAAAGCCUUACAAAUCUUCCAUGCAGCAUUUAUGAAUUGCAGCAUCUAAGGGUUCUUCGUCUCUCUAGGUGCUCAAACCUUGUUGAAUUUCCAAGUAGAAUGAACUCUGGAGCUUCGUCAAGUGCAUGACCACUUCCAUUGCUUCUUUCAAAUAAUCAAAGCCAUGAUAUUAGUUACUCAGCUGUGUCACCUUGUGAGCAAUUUCAUUUCAAUCCCAAAAGAGGCUUGUCCACAUUAGAAUCAUUUGAUCUAUCAAGAAGCAAUUUUGUUAGUCUUCCUGUAUGGAUUAGCAAGUGUUCUAACUUGUUGAGGCUUAACUUGUGUUGUUGCAAGAAACUUCAAGAAAUUUCAGAACUUCCACCAAAGAUUAGAUGGCUAAGCGUCGGUGGUUGUGACUCACUGGAAAUAUUGCCAAUAUUGUCGAACUUGGUGGAACACAAUGUGUUGCAAGGCCUUCAGUGGAUCGACCUGUCUCAUUGCCACAGGCUCCUUGACAAUCUUUGCUAUGACACAACAAAGAUCGAUAAUGCUAUUCGACGAAAUCAGGUGCUAUCUUGUCUGGAUUUUGGUGUUAUACUUCCAGGAAGUGAAGUUCCCCACCGGUUCAACCCUUUGAGGAGUUGCAGGAGUUAUGAGAUUAAAAAUUAUUGUGACAUUUGCAUUAUAAUACCUCCACCUUUGAAUUGGAAAAACUCAAGAUUGACUCUAUGUGCUGUUAUAGGAAUAACAAAAAAUGAGUCUGGUCCCGGUAGAAUUUCAGCCUCAAGUUACCUCAACCAGCUAGUGAUUGAUGAAUUUGAAGAAUAUAUCUAUCCCUCAGACGAAUCAAGUACUGAUCAUGUGUGGUUGCGCUAUAUUUCGUUAUCAGGUAUAGCUUGUGAUGACAUGAUCCUUAACUGUCAAGCUAUAUUUUCUUCUGAAGGGUCCGUGGCAUUAAAGAGCUGUGGAAUUCGCCUAGUAUAUCCCCAGGAUGAUGAUGAUGAGAAUGACAAAGAGCAAUGGCUUCCUAGUACUUCUUUGUCUUUGGAACCAAUGAAUCCUCGAAAGCGGAAACAUAUAGAGGAGGAUCAUAACCUCGUCGCAGUCAGAAAUAGUACUGCUAAUGUUGAUGAUGCUCCACAGAAUGAGAAGUGGCUUUCGUUGUCCUAAUGUUGAUCAAGCUUACAAAUUAAUAACUAUGAGUUGGCUCCUCCUUUUAGGAAACCUCUCUGAUUUGGUCUGAAACUCUGACUUGCAAGUUGGAGUGUGGCAGUAGAUUUUGGCUUUCGCUUUGCUCAUCAGUUUCUAUUCUCUUUUCCUUGUUCUGGUUCAUUUCCAUGAGUCUAGGCAUUGCAGCAGCUCAGAGCCUCCGUCUCCUUUUGCAGAUUUCAGUGGUGCAUUUGGCUUCUAUACACAGCAAUUGAGCCUUUUUUUUUCCUUACUAAGCAAGGAAACGUAGCUAACAAGCUAUUGUCUCCUGUGUACUGCAUCUGAUAUCGACCAUCAUUGAUGCUAAAGUUGCAGUUGUAGUACUGGAGCCUGGAAGUCAGUAUGAUCACUAGGAAAACUUUGCCAUAUUGUUUAAUAAAUUCUGCCCUUCAAAACAAAACAGAAUAUCACUUUCAGUCUUUCACUUCUCAGUUGAUCUUUUGCAAAAUAGUUCACAAUUAAUUAGCGAAAAUGUGAAUGAUUUCAAAGUCCGGCACUCU